GUCCCGGAGGCCGGGUCCCGCCUCGCAGCCCGCGGCUGCCAGUGCGCUGUUGCACCCCUGGCCCGAUAGCCGCCCGCCGUGUCCAGACAGCCCUUGAGCCAGCAUGGCAGCGAGGCCCAAGCUCCACUACCCGAACGGAAGAGGCCGCAUGGAGUCGGUGCGCUGGGUGCUGGCGGCCGCCGGAGUGGAGUUUGAUGAAGAGUUUUUAGAAACAAAAGAACAGUUGCAAAAGCUGCAGGAUGGAAACCAUCUGCUGUUCCAACAAGUGCCAAUGGUGGAAAUCGACGGGAUGAAGUUGGUGCAGACCCGGAGCAUCCUGCACUACAUAGCGGAGAAGCACCAUCUCUUCGGCAGAGACCUCAAGGAGAGAACCCUGAUUGACAUGUACGUGGAGGGGACACUGGAUCUGCUGGAACUGCUGAUUAUGCACCCCUUCCUGAAGCCUGACGAUCAGCAAAAGGAAGUGGUCAGCAUGGCCCAGAAGGCCAUAAUUCGAUACUUUCCUGUGUUUGAAAAGGUUUUACGAGAGCACGGACAAAGAUUUCUUGUUGGCAAUCAGCUGAGCCUUGCAGAUGUGAUUCUGCUCCAAACCAUUUUGGCUCUAGAAGAGAAAAUUCCUAACAUCCUGUCUGCAUUUCCUCACCUCCAGGAGUUCUCAGUGAAAAUAAGUAAUGUGCCCACCAUUAAGAAAUUUCUCGAGCCUGGUAGCAAGAAGAAGCCCCCUCCUGAUGACAUCUAUGUGAGAACUGUCUACAACAUCUUUAUGCCAUAAAAACAUGUGUAUUCAUCUGUGAGUGAGAGCUUGUCCCUGCAGACCUCAUUGUCCACCACACUCUUAAUUGAUGCCAAGUUGCUGUGACCCCAGCUCUGCUAUGGUGCUAUGCAUCCUUGUCCCUAAGCUGGGUCUUGCAUUUAAAAAAAAAACUCUUUGAGAAACAUUGACAUGUUUGUGUGUGUGUGAGGGGGGUGGGGGGAUGUCCAGUGAUUCUUAUGGAACUUUUUUCUGUAAGCUGUUUUGGAGACAUUGGCCUUUUGAUGUGAUUACUCAUUCUUGCUGACUAGAAUGGGCAGGACCUCAUGUUCUCCCCAAGCUACAUGAUGCCUUUCUUUAUCAAAACCCUCAUUUUUGGUGUCUAAUAGCAACAAACUAUCCAGUGAAUCGCUCUUUUCUCAACUGUGCUAAAUCUAUGGUAUUCAGUAUUCGCAAAAAUAAAAUAAUUUAC